UGAUUUUAGGUUCAUUUAGAGUAUAAAUCCAUAUAUUUUGUUUAGAAAUUAUGACCACCGAAAAGAAGCGUUCCCCCAAAAAGAAGCCAGCAUCAAAAAAGAGCACAAGCCAUGACAAGAAAAAAAAGAAUAAAAAUAAAAAAAAUUAUUGCAAAUUUAUUUCUGAUCAAUUGCCAAAAAUAUGCUUUUUCAUUGGUGUUUGCGAUUUGGUGCAUGCUUUGUACUUUACCAUAAGUGCCAUGAUUCUUUUGGUUGAAAGUUUUAGUUUUUUUGCUGUAUUGGCAGUUAUAAGUGUAUUUUUCUGGGUCGUGAUUGUUAUCACUUUGAUCGUGGGCUUAUGGAAGCGCAAGCCCGUUUUAAUUAAAUGUUGGCUAUUAUUUUCUAUAGUUGGCUUUGGUAUAGAUAUAUUGUUCCUUAUUUAUGGCAUUAUGAGUUCCUUUACCAUCGAUUGGGAUCGUCUUCAGGAGUUCUCCAUAAUCUUUAUUGGAAUAUGUCAUUGGUUCGAUAAGAAACCUAAGCCCAAGAAAAGUAAGUCUGGUUCCAAAAAGAAGAAAUCUAAAAAGUAA